AUGGCAGGUCCCUCAGCUUCAAGCAGCGCAGCUUUGCGCCUCAUCAGCCGCCGUGCUCGCACACCAAGGCGCAGCGCGACUGCUUCUGCCUCCCUCUUGCCGCCACGCCGGCACGCCACGUCCUCCUCGUCGUCGUCCCCGCUCGCCGACGACGAUGCCACCACGUCGAAGCGCACAAACCCUGCGCCAGGCGCCCCCAAGCCAGGGUCUCCCUUCACCAUCUUUGACCGCAAUGCCAAGCUGCUGCAAAAGUCGCGUGCAGCGCUGCGGGAGAGCUUUGAGGUCGGCGGCGGGCAAGCAAGCGCGAGCGCAGAGGACCGUGGACAACGAGGCUCAGCAAGCCGUACAGUGGACUACGUGAGAAUGGCUGCGGCCGAGAGUCUCGCGGAGCGCAUUCUGGAUAUCAGACGGCAGUUUGAUACUAUAGUGGAGCUCGGAAGUGGGCCCGGGUAUUUGCGCCACUUCUUGGACAAGGAAGGGACCGGCUGCAAGAAGAUUGUUAUGUGCGAUACGAGCCGAGAGCUUCUCUAUCGCGAUGAGCAUUUAGAUGGCCACUUUCCUUUCGAGAUUGAGCGCCACGUAAUCGACGAGGAAGAGCUGCCCUUCGAGCCCGACUCCGUCGACUGCCUCGUAGGCAACACGACUCUGCACUGGACUAAUGAUCUACCGGGCUCUCUCAUUCAGAUUCAACGCUCCCUCCGCCCAGACGGCGUUUUCGUCGGCUCUCUCCUCGGAGGCGAUACCCUCUUCGAACUGCGCACCAGCCUCCAGCUCGCCGAGCAAGAACGCGAGGGCGGCAUCUCUCCUCGAGUGAGCCCCAUGACCGAUAGCAGGGACUGUGCGUCAUUACUGUCACGCGCAGGUUUCUCCAUCCCUACAGUCGACGUGGACGAGGUAGCUGUCUCGUACCCGAGCAUCUUCGAGCUCAUCCACGACCUCCGCGACAUGGGCGAAAGCAAUGCAGUCAUCAAUCGCCGGCCCAUCCUCAGCCGUGAUACCCUCCUCGCUGCAGACGCAAUCUACCGGGCGCUGCACGGCAACGUCGACGGAGACGGGACUGUCCCGGCUACCUUUGGCAUCAUUUACCUGAUUGGAUGGAAGCCUGACCCGUCGCAGCCCAAGCCGCUCAAGAGGGGAAGCGCUGAGCAGAAUUUGAAGGACGUGCUAGGCGGGGACGCAGAUAACCCUGCACCCCCGAUGGGCGGUUCUGGGGCUCCGCCGCUGCCUCCUGGUGGUGGAAAGACAAGAUCAUUCUCGACCUCUGCAAGGCAAGCGAGUGACAAGAAGACGAUACCUCGCGGCCCGACUGGGGAGCCCGACUACUUUGCCCUACUUGACAUUGGAGACGUGGCCUCCACGCCCGAUGGAGGGUGGAGCGUUGACCUUGCAGCGCUCAAAGCCUCCUGGCGCAAGCAGCAAGCUCUCUUCCACCCAGAUCGCCUUCACUCCCGGCCCGAGUCCGAGCAAGCCGCCGCCGCAGCGCAGAGCAGCCUGAUCAACAAGGCCUACGAGACUCUUCGUGACCCCCUUCUGCGCGCCCACUAUCUCCUCGAACACGCAGGCGAGGCGGUCCCGGAUGAAGCAGAGUCUCUAGAGGACCCUUCGCUGCUCAUGCAAGUGAUGGAGAUGCGCGAGCAAUUGGAGGAGGCCGAGGCUGAAGACGAGGUAGAACCUGUGCGCGUGGCCAAUCAGGAGCUGUACGAUGAGGCUUGUGAGGGCUUAAAGAGCGCUUUUGCUCAGGGGGACACGAAGGGCGCAAGGGUGCUUGCGACGCAGCUGAGGUAUUGGGCGAACAUCGCCAAGGUGUGCAGGGAGUGGGCGCCCGGGAAGAGGGUAGAGCUGGAGCACUGA